AUCUGCCAACGUCUCAAAGGCCGGGCCUACUGACCAGACAUCAGGCAUGUUGCCCGUCAGACAAGGCGGUGUUCCGGGCGGCGGCGGGGGACUGGCAGCCGCUGCUGGCGCUGGUGCUGAGCGACUGGGAGCAGUCAGGCUACCACCCGGGGCCUCCCCCCCGCUCCAGCCAGCUGUACGGCCGCAUGGUGGCCCUGGCCCGCACCUGCCAGCAGUACGGCCGCUUUGGCGACGCGCGCCUGCUGCUGGGGGCGGCGGGGGCGCACGCCGAGCUGCUGGCGCUGUGCGUGUUCCAGGGCGACUUUGGGGGCCUGCAGGAGGCGGCGCGCAGGGGCGGCCGCAGCGCGGAGCGCCUGGCCGACCAGUUGCUGGCGGUGAACGAAAACGCGUUUGUGCACGGUGCCUCGGCGAGCAGCCUGUACGGCGGCCGGGCCAACGCCGACGACUGGACAGUACGGACCGCUGCUGCUGCUGCUGAGGAGGAGGAGGAGGAGGAGGGCGAG